AUGGGAAAAAGAGGAAUUUUUUGGGGGGGUAAGGUGGGGGGGGGGGAUGGGGUUAGUAGGGGGUGGGGGGGGGGGAAGUGGGAAUUGUAUGUUGGGGGGGGGGGGUUUGGGGGGGGGGGGUGGGUUAGGUUGGGGAGGGGGGGGUGGUGGGGGUGGGUGGGGUGUUGGUUGGGGUGGGGGGGGGGUGGGUGUGGGGUGUUGGUGGGGGGGGUUGGUGGGGGGGGGGGUGGUGGGGGGGGGGGGUUGGGGUUGUGGGGGGUGGUUUGUGUUGGGGUGUGGUGUGGUUGGGGGGGGGGUUUGGGGGUGUGGGGUGUGUGGGUGGGGGGUGGGUUUGGGUGGUGGGUGGUGGGGGGGUGGGGGUGGGGGGGGGGUGUGUGGGGGUGUGGGUGGGGGUGGUGGUGGUUGGGGUGGUGGGGGGGUUGUGUGGGGGUGUGGGGGGGGGGUGUGUGGGGGGGGGGUUGGGGGGGGGGUGGUGUUUUGUGGGGUGGGGGGGGGGGGGGGGGGGGGGGGGGGGGGUUGGGGUGGGGGGGGGUUGUGGGGUGGGGUUUGUGGGGGGGGGUGUGGGGGGUGGGGGUGGGGGGGGGGGGGGGGGGGGUGGGGGUGUGGGGGGGGGGUGGGGUUGGGGUGGGGGUGGUGGUGGGGGGUGUGGGGGGGGGGGGGGGGGGGGGUGUGGGGGGGGGUGGGUGGGGGGGGGGGGGGGGGGGGGGGGGGGGGGGGGGGGUGUUUGGGGUGGGUGGGUGGGGGGUGUGGGGGGGGGAGGGGUGUUUGGGGGGGUUGGGGGGGGUGGGGGGGGGGGGGGGGGGGUGGGGGGUUGGGGGGGUGGUGUGGGGUGGGGGUUUUGUGGGUGGGUGGUGGGGUGGGGGUGGAGGGGUGGGUGGUGGGGGGGGGGGGUUUUUGGGGUGUGUGGGGGGGGGGGUGGGGGUGGUGGGGGGGGGGGGUGGGGUGGGUGGUGUGUUGGGGUGUUGGGGUGUGUGGGAUGGGUGGGGGGGUGGGUUUGUGGGGGGUAGGGGGUGGGUGGUGUGGGUGGUGGUGUGUGGGAAUGAGGUGGGGGUUGGAUGUGUUAAUUUUAAUGGUAUUAGUAUUGGGGGGUUUGGGGGGUAUGGGGGGGGUGUAGUGAUGGAGUAUGUGUGGGAGGUGGGAAAUGGGGGGGGGUGUUGGGAGGUUGUGGGGGUGGGUUUGGGGGGGGGGUGUUGUUUUUGUUUUGUGUGGUGGGGGGGUGGGGUUUUGGGUUGUUGGGGGUGGGGUUGGUUGGGGGGGGGUUGUGGGUUGUUUGGGGGGGGGGGUUGGGUGGGGGGUUGUUGGGGGUGGGGGUGGGGGGAGGGGGGGGUUGUUGGGGGGGGAGGGGUUUGGGGGGGGGGUGGUUUUUAUGGGGGUGUGUUGGGUUGUGUUGGGGGGGUGUGUGUGGGGGAGUUUGGGGGUGGUGUGGGGGGUUGUUUGGGGGUGGGGGUGGUUGUGGGUUGUGAUGUGUGGGUGUGGUGGGUUGUUUGGGGGGGGGGGGUGGGGUGUGGGGGGUGGGGGGGGGGGUGGGGGGGGGGGGUUGGGGUUGGGUGGGGGGGGGUUUUUUGGGGGGUUGGUGGUUGGGUUUGUUGGGUGUGGUGGUGUGGGGGGGUGGGGGGGGUGGGGGGGUUGUUAGUUUUUUGGGGUAUAAUGAGGGUGGUUGGGGGUUUUUUUUGGUGGGGGGGGUUGUUGGGUUUUGGGGGGUUAUUGUUUUUAAUGUGGGGGGUUGGGUGGGGUGAAUUGGGGGGGGGGGAUGUUGUUAUGGGGGGGGUGGGUGUUUGUUUGGGGGAGAAGGGGGGGGGGUUGAUUGGUAGUAUGUGUUUGGGAUAG